AUGGAUUGCAUCUCCAUCGCAAACAACGAGCAUAACAGUGUCGCACGUGAGGGUGCGCAGCCUGAGGCUGCCACCCAAGCUGAGGCAGCCAGGCCCCCCACCAGCAGCGAAACAAACAAGCCCCGCCUCUCUCUCCAGCGCUCCAUCCAACUUCCAACUACUCAACCUCCCCAAACGCACACUUACUCUCUCUCUCAUUCUCUAUUCCCACCAUCUCGCGUCUACCUUCUCGUUUUCUCCUCCCUACAGCUCCGACCCAAUUCAUCCCGUCCGUCAUGUCUCUCGCCUCAGGCCCAUUCGUGGACCCCAGCUGAUGAUUCAACCACCAGAGUUACCAUCGAUGAUGACUGCAUCAACGCUUUCAACGAGCUCCGCAUGAGCCGCGGCAAGGUCAAGUUUGUUAUCUUCAAGAUCACCGACGACAAGAAGCGCGUCGUCGUCGACGAGUCGUCCAGCGACCCAGACUGGGAGGUCUUCCGCACCAAGCUUGAUGAGGCCAAGGACGCCGCUGGCAACCCUGCGCCCAGAUACGCCACCUACGACGUCGAGUACGAGAUUCCAGGCGAGGGCAAGAGGAGCAAGAUUAUCUUCAUCUCUUGGGUCCCACAAGACACCCCUACCCGCGUAAGCUUUGCCUUCUUAUCUAUUCCGGUCAAUGCAACUAACACAGAGAAUGAAUGUCAGUUGUCUAUGCUCUACGCCAGCACUCGCGAGGUUCUCAAAAACGCCGUGAAUGUCGCACAGUCCAUCCACGCCGACGACAAGUCAGACAUUGAAUGGAAGAGCGUCCUCGCCGAGGCCAGCAAGGGCAAGGCCAAAUAG